GCAGAUCAAUCUAACUACCUGUCCGUGUGUUAUGCUCAUGAAUGCUUCCCCUCAAAUUGGAAAGAUUAAAGCUUUGCUUUACAAAUAUUGAACAAUUCAUAAUGUAAAUACAUGGAAGUGGCAAUAUACCAUUGUCUAAGAAUAAAAGGCUUACAGGACUCCCUCAUGCCCAGAUUAAAGAUAGCACGCAAAGCUCUUUUUUGACACAGAAACACCUAUUUUCCGCCACUAGAAUUUACCCAUAGCAAUGUACCACUAUACCAUUUGUAUAGCAGGUGUUUUAACGUUGACUAUUUUGCUAUGGCAAUUUUUUUUUUUUUUGUUCGAAGUGUAAAAUUUUUGAGUAGAAGCUACCAUAGUGAGGUCCACUUUAUAAUGGCAGUGGAGAAAGAUAGGAGAACAACAGUAACAAUAACAAGAAGGAGAAUAACAAUAAGGUUGGGCAGACGCUGAAUUGGAGGACUUGGGUGUCAUUGAUCAUCAGGGACAGUGAUGGAGGAAGGCCACAAGCGAUUAAUGGGUAGUGUCAUGUUUAUACUCGCGAUACGAUACAUUGAUGAGUGAAUCAGUAGGCUACCUACCACCUCCCAUAAAAAGGAACCAAUAGUUAAGCAAAGAUCGAACAGAUUUUAGCUUCGAACAGUUCAAAUUCUACUUCAUUAUAAUCUAUAUAUAAUAUAAUUGUAUUGAAAAUUUACGAUCACAAAGUUCUAUCAAUCAUGUGCAUUUCUAAAAGUGAAUGAGUAACACUACUGCAAAUAUAUAAUUAUAAAGUAUCUCAGAGAUAUCAAGAAGAUUUAAGAUCAACUUCACAUCUGAAUCAAUCUAAAAGCAAUCAAAAAUUUACAAUCGUUAUAGUUGGUAUAGAAAAGCGAAAUGUCAUAACAGAUUCCAUCAACAGAGCUCAAAAUCUACUUUAAACUUCAGGCGCUUAAAUUCCAAAAAAAACUAAUACUGAAAUAUUAGAGAAAAAAUCCUCAGAUUUUUUAUCAUUCUGAUAAAUUGAUAAUACCCAAAUUGAAUGUUUUCACUAUCGCCAGAAAUAAUACCGAAUAUUUAACAGUUUGUAAAUAUUGUUCAUUGGAUUCAAUAUUCUGAUAUGUGGUAGGUACUGAUUCAAUAAUCAUCAAUAUAAUAUCGUAUUGCGAGUAUACACAUACGCUUGUGGCCUGCCUCUGUCUGUCACUGUCCCUGAUGAUUAAUGACACCCAAGUCCUCCCAUUCAUAGCCUUGCCUAUUCUUAUUGUUAUUCUGAACAAUGAAUCGCCCAGUGGUCUACUCCCUUCCUUUCUCCUUACCAAAAUAAUUAUUAUUAAGAACUCGGCAGGGCCUAUAUUCCCCGAUCACUCUACCCCCUUUCCUUAACAUUCUUCUUCUUCAUCUUUUUCCUCUAUCUUUUUCUCCUUCAUCGUCGUCGUCUUCUUCUUCUUCUUCUUCUUCUUCUUCUUCUUCUUCUUCUUCAUCUUCUUCUCUUUGUUCUUCCCCUUCUUUAGGCAAUGUCUUGGUGUCGUAGUCAGUAUGGAUCUGAACUACCAAUACAAUGGUCUAAAUAAAUUAUCAAAUUAUUUAUUUACGUAUAUUACAGGAGUGGGAGCACAGCAUCUGUCAGUUUUUGGUCAAAAAAGGAGGACAAAUAAUGACCAAGAAUCUUUCCACUACCGCAUGCUUCAAAAAAUAAGGAGGGUGCAUCCCAAUGUUUGGUGUUUUACCGAUGGUUUGAGGAAAUUGGAGCAUGCGGCUGUGCAAGAGUACGAGACGUACAUGAGUGGAGCUGCUCCACCUCAGUCUAGGCCCAGUGCGUACCUAGCACAAGACCGAAGAAUUAUUUCAGCCUCCAACCAGUUGUUGGCGGGAGACAUUGUUGUCUCGGAAUUCCUCCAUCUUGUGUGUCACACCAUUGACAAUGUGUACGAUCCACAAAGUGGAUUCUUAGGCCUAUCUGAUGAUGAACAAGAUGAUGAUGAGGUUGCUCCACCACCACCUCCUCCAGCAAAUCCUUUGAUGGCUCCAGUGCUAGGCGAAGGUGACGAGGUUGCCGCGGGUCAGAGGGGCGACCAACAAGAUCCUGCGCCAGCAGCAAGAGGUCGGAGACGUCAACGUGGAAGAGGACGAGGACGAGAUGGAGGACAAGUCGGAGGACGAGGACGAGAUGAAGGACGAGGCCGUGGUCGUGGCCGUGUCCGUGGUCGUCAACGUGGUGGACACCAACCUCUCGCCGGAAAUGACGAUCCUGCACAGGCACACAGCUAUUGUAAUGUGUGUCUCACACACAAUAACGAUAUGAUGGUCGCUUUGCCAUGUGGACACAUCUCCGUAUGUUCCAUGUGCCUCCCACAGUUGGUGCCACACGUGGAUGAAGGAGUAAGGUGCGUGUCGUGUAGGACACCCGUAACAGGUGGAUUCCACCGUGUAUUCUUUUAACAUUGUAUUAUAAAUAUUUUUUCCUAUAGUUGAAUGGAAAAGAGGCUUUUGUACACUAAUUACAGUAAGCAAAAUAGUAAAUAGGUUAUCCCAAACCAGAUCUUCUUUCCGCACGUUACGAUCUGCUGGCGGAAAGAAAAAUUAGAACAUAGCCGACUUUAUUAAGACUACUAGAGGUAGUCGUGGCCGUGGCACUCUAGUUUGUACUAGAAUAUUCAGGAUAUGUAUGAUAGUAGGAAUAAGACCUUUAAACGACACUGUCCAUAAAAUUGUGUGAGUUGAAUCCGUUUUAUUUUUGUAGAAUCGAAAUUGUAAUUACAUUAGAAUAAAAUUAUCAUUCUGAUAAUGUGAUAAUAGUUGGUAAAAUUAAUAGUAGUGUGAUAAUAGUAGUUAAAAUUAUCAUUCUGAUAAUGUAAUAAGAGUUGGUAGAUGAUGUGAGUAAGUAACUGUGUCUAAUUCCUCACAUUUAUGAGAAGUUAUCAGAGUUGCAUUUUGUUCACAUGUUCUAUCAUGACUUCAGGAAAGUUUGAACCCUUUGCAUUCUUAUAUUCAGUAAAGCUGGAUAUGACACUUAUCACUGCAGCUCUGAAUAUAAAAGACGGGUACCUGCCCACCUUUCUUGUGCACAGCUGUGUAAAAGAAUUAAUUUAAUCGACUCUACAGCCUGCAAAUUUUAGCAGUACUUUACAAAAUGUACCAAACUCCUAUAUUCAGGAUCCAAAUAUUUGAAUGUUGUGUUUAUUCUACAAAGCUCACUUUAACUUCAUCUCAUUCUCAAUUUCAUGCUCUUUGAGCCAAUACAAUAGAAAAAUAUCAUAUUUCAUUAAAUACCUUAUAAAUGAGCUCAUAUCAAAUUAUUUGUAGAAUUAAAAACUCCAAUUUCAAAUUAUUGAGAAAAAA